AUGUCCGAUGGUACUGCUCAUAAUAGCGAUUCUCGUGAUGGAAACAAUGAUGAUGAUGAUGUUAUUUACUUGAAUGUAGAUUUCAGUGGUCCUGCAAGUUUGGAAGAAGAUGGCGGUGCAAUUAAUCACGUGCAGGAUCUUUUGGAUGAACAAAAUGAUGUGAACAUGGCUAUGGCAGAUAGUUCGGAAGCUGACUUGGAAGAUGAUUUGGAAGAAUGGGAAGGAUUUGGUGAGGAUGUUGAAAAGGGUAGCGACCGACGCAGCAGCGAUGAUCAUGUCGAAGAAAAUGAUAAAAGGAGCGCAGAAAGCGUGGAAAAUACAAAGUCGAGUGUCAGAAAAGGAUCGGGGGAACCAAGUCGCUAUAGUCGAAACGACGUCAAUGGUUGCAAAGAUUCUGAAGGCUCUAUAGUAUUGGAAGAGUCUGAUGGUGCAAGUCUGGAUGAGAGCAUUGGAGAUGUCGAGGGGAAUCUUAUUCCACCGGCAUCUCCAGAGGUUGUUGAAAAAACCAGACUGUUUCUUAAAAAACAUGGAAGCGUGAGAUUUCUUGAAACCUAUCUACCUACAACUGCAACGGCAAGUGAUAUCGUAGGUCUUAUAUCCAAAUUGGGGUUUGUGUUGAGGCAGCAGUCAUAUAUGGAAGAUGAUAACAGAAACAUUAUGGAAUAUGUCAAGAUAUUACAGCAUGCAAUGACAAAAGUGAGUGCUGAAAGAGAUCGACUACCAACUGCAAAGACUUUUGAAGAUGCGUUGGAUUUAAUUCAAAAGAGUCACAAGAUCUUGGUGAUCACGGGGGCAGGGAUUUCAACUAGUUUGGGUAUACCUGAUUUUCGAUCCUCACAAGGUUUUUACUCUAUGGUACAACAUUUGGGACUAAGUGAUCCACAGGAAGUAUUUGACUUGCUCAUUUUUAAUUCUGAUCCAAGCUUAUUUUAUUCCAUAGCCCACAUGGUGCUACCACCGGAAAACACAUUUAGUCCGUUACAUUCCUUCAUUUAUCUAUUACAGCAAAAAGGGAAGCUAUUGAGAAACUAUACUCAAAAUAUUGAUAAUUUGGAGAGUUAUGCCGGAAUCGUACCUGAGAAGAUGGUACAAUGUCAUGGGUCAUUUGCUACUGCGACGUGUGUUACAUGUCGAAACACCGUUGCUGGCGAAACUAUUUUCAAAACCAUAAGGCAAAAGGAAAUUCCAUAUUGCCCUAGAUGCGAGGCAAAGAAAAAGAGCAUACUCAAGAAGAAUGAUGAUUACUAUUUUCCAGAGAGUUAUGGAGUUUAUAAGCCUGAUAUCACAUUCUUUGGCGAAGCAUUACCUUCGCGGUUCCAUGAUUUAAUCAAUACAGAUAUCUCCGAGUGUGACUUGUUAAUCAGCAUAGGUACGUCUUUAAAAGUGGCGCCUGUGGCAGAUAUCGUUGAUAAAAUUCCACAAAAUAUUCCUCAAAUCUUGAUCAAUAGGGAUCCAAUUGACCAUUGCAACUUCGAUAUCAGUCUCUUGGGGUAUUGUGAUGAUGUUGCGGCUUUAAUAUCGCACCGUUUGGGUGAUGAUUGGAAAUUACCUCACAAGGAUUUUGAUAUAAUCCGAGGUAAAGACGGUGAGAAUUUGACAGUGCGAUUGAUCAAUUCGCAGUUGCGAGAGUACAAAAUCGAAAGCAAUGAUGCUGAGCAACGAUCUAAGGAAGAACAUAUUGCUGAAGAGCACAACAUGAAUGUUUAA